UAACAACAACGAAAGUUAAAACAAACUAAACAAAGUACCUACUGAAGUUACGAAUACUAACAACCAUCAAGUGCCAUUCUAAAAUGAUUAGGAACGUCACUGUCAAAGUAUUAAGUUCAUUAUUACCGUGAAUGCAGAAUGUAAAAUGAGUCUUAGUAAAAUAAACGGAAUGUAUUUUGUGUCAUAAGAGACUAUAAUGAAAUUCUCUAUCUGCUGUGUCAGACAGUCAUUUCUGAAAUAUUCUGAACGAAUACACUUCUUCACAAGACCUAUAGAUACGUGUAAAGGAAAGUCGUAACCUCGGUGUUCGGUCAAAAGUGAAUCAAAGGAACCAGCUAAUCAUUGUUCUGCUUACGAAAAAUUCAUUACGAGUGACAAUGACAGGCGACAAAUUCUUGACAAAAUAAACAGUCGAAGAAAUAAAGUAGCCUCCGGUGAAAUACGGUCGUAUCCACCAGCAGAAAGUAUGAUGAAAUUGACAUGGAACAGAGAGUUAGAAGAGUCAGCACAACGUUGGGCUGACCAGUGUGUCCAAUAUAGCGUGCGAGAUGUCAAAGAUACCUGCAGAGAUUUGGGUGCAGUACCCGUUGGUCAAAAUAUAGCUACUAUACAUGGCGAUGCUCCCGGCUUAACGCCUCUGUCUCUCGUAGAUGUAUGGUAUAUGGAGCUACUAAAUACUAAUUCUUCAAUAUUGUCACGAUAUGUUCCAUCAUCUGAAGUUGGUCAAUCUCAUUAUGAUUAUUUCACACAACUCGUGUGGGCAGAUUCCAAAGAAGUUGGAUGUGGCGGUGUUAAGUUCAAAGAGCGUUUAGAAGAUCAUGACACAGUUAAUUACAGAACAAUCUAUCGUCUGGUAUGUAAUUUUGCACCCACUGGAAAUCUGAGAAAUAGAACGAUAUACGCAAGUGGUCCACCAUGUUCCAAGUGCCCUUUAGAUAGAGUUUGUGAUCGGGUAAAUACUGCUUUAUGCGCUCUGAAAUCAGGAGAAUGGAUUGAUAAUCUAGACGACAGUGUUGUCGAUCAUGCAAAUUCAAUGGAUAAACUUACAACACAAAGUAUCUUACAGACUAUAAGCACACACAUCUUAGAUAUGCCUGAUUCUGGAAAUAUAACAGAUGUUGAUUUAGUCGCGGAUAAAGAAUCUUCAACGCAAUUUGAUUUUUUUUCUCACUUAUAUGAGUACACAAGACAAUCUAUUACUUUACGCACAAAUGCUAAAUUUUGUGAAAACGCUAUGGUAGUAGAUGAUUUUGUCGAAUUAGUAAAAAAGAAACUGAGCGAUGAUCCUAUGAUAAAAGAAUUAAUGUUGACGUCUAAAUCUGUGCCCAUUAGUGGAAAUUCAGAAAACACCUUUAAUGACGCUGGUGUGGCAGCUUUUAUUGACCGUGUCUAUAGCAAGAAAGGCGCUUUAACAACGAAAAGUACUGUGACCAGCGAUUAUGUUAAUUCUACUUUCUUAGUAGAUUUGAUUGAAGCUGUUAUCUUUAGAAACGGGGAUAAAAUGCAAAAAUCUGAGGACUAUCGUCAAAACACGCAACCCAUGUCCACGAUUAGACCUGUUAAAAUUCAGGCUGAAUUAGCAGAAAUAAAACAAAACGAAGACUUUACGGGGCACUACUUUUUCCCUGAAGAUGAUCAGGAGAGUAGUAGUGAAAUGACUGAGUCGUAUUAUGAUCACACAAAUUUUGUAGCUUCUGAAGAAGUGUUCGAUGAUUUAAAAAUGAGUACGAUAACGAACGACUUUUUGGAUGAUAUCCUUGAAUCGGAUAUUACUUCAGAAAAACCUCAAGACAUAUUUUUUCAUAACUAUUUAGUUGAUAAAAAACCGAAACAACAAAUCAAGAGGAAACGCAGAAAUCAAGGCUAUUAUGAAAUUGAUUUCAAUAGCAAUGAACUAAUUGAGCCAACGGACAAGUUGUUAAAUAAGAGAUAUAAAAAAUCUCAAUGGUGUCCUUAUGAUAUAGAAAAAUAUAAAAUAACCUACAAACAACUCUUACGUAAGAUAACAAAUGAUUUGAAAACAGUUAAAUUUAAUGAAGUAUUCCAAUGUACGCAAAACAGUUCAACGAGACUGAAACCAUUAAUUCAAACUUCAUUUUUGUUAAUUGUUAUUAUUAUAAAGCGAUAUUCGUUAUUUAAAUAAACUUUAUGUACAUUU